GACGGAGAUAUUUCGUUGUGACACUGGCGAACGUUGAUUCCAUUGUGGAAUUUCCUAAUUUGAGCGUCAUACAUUUCUGUGAAAUGCGGUUAAAUAAAUAAUUUUGAAAGCUUACUUAGGUUUUAUAAGGCGACCUAUUUUUCCUCGUUAUUGGAUAACUUACGUACGAUUAUUUGACAUCACGCGGAAGGUAAACACGGAGCACACAGCGGAAGUUGCUGUCAUAGCUUACUCCCGAUUCUUACGGCACUACUGGUGAUGUCUCCAAAACAUUUUCUUCCGUAAUAUCUGUUGACGCUUCAUAUUAACUCUGGAGGAAGCCGUUGCUUUGUUGGAACUCUAUUUGGUUGUAAUGAUUAUCUCAUUCUCCUGGGCUAUUUAUUUUAUAUUUGUGUCGAAACCGUUGUUCGGGAAAAACUAGCGUUCGCUAUGGCUCGAUGACAUUUCAUUCCUUUACGUCGAACGAAUGAAUCGGCCGUAGGCAGCAGAUGGAUUUCUCAAGGUUUCUGGACGACGACUUUGACGUGAAAGACUGGGUGAAUGGCGCCUUUAAAGUGGUGCAGAAGGAAGCGCCGGGAAAGGCGGAUACACACGCCGCCACCCUGGUUAUGAAGCUGCAGCUUUUUAUCCAGGAAGUCAACAAUGCAAUUGAGGAGACCAGUAACCAGGCGCUGCAGAACAUGCCCAGGGUGUUGCGAGAUGUGGAGGCAUUGAAGCAGGAAGCUACUUUCCUGAAGGAGCAAAUGGUCCUGGUCAAAGAGGACAUUAAGAAGUUUGAGCAGGACACGGUGCAGUCCAUGCAGGUCCUAGUGGAGAUCGACCAGGUGAAGAGUCGCAUGCAGCUGGCAGCGGAGGCGCUACAGGAGGCCGAUAAAUGGAGCACACUCAGUGUCGACAUCGAGGAGACCUUCAAAUCACAGGACCUUGCAGCCAUCUCAUCCAAGCUCACCAGCAUGCAGAACAGCCUGGCAAUGCUGGUGGACACGCCGGACUACUCUGAAAAGUGUGUCCACCUGGAGGCUCUUAAAAACAGACUGGAGGCCCUGGCCAGCCCCCAAAUAGUGGCGGCAUUCAAUUCCAUGUCCGUCGACCAAGCCAAACUGUUUGUCAAAGUCUUCUCGGAGAUCGACAGAAUGCCACAGCUCCUUGCGUACUACUACAAGUGUCAUAAAGGCCAGAUGGUGACUAUGUGGCAGGACCUUUCUCAGAGUGAGCUCAGCCUGAAUCGCCAGCUGACGGAAUUUUACGACACCUUGUUGUCGACGUGGCACGCUCAGCUCCAGUGGUGCAGCCAGGUGUUCAAGAACCCUCACGAGGUGGUGACGGUAUUGCUGAUCCAGAUUCUGGGAGCCAUGGUGCCCUCCAUCCCCGUGUGCCUGAGCACGGCCGUGGAUGGGACGGCCCAGGAGCAACGCCUGGAUGUCCUUCUGGAGCUCAACCAGACGGCGCUCACCUUGGGGGGCAACUUGGAAGCCGCCAUGAUGCCACAUCUCGGCGAGAAUAACCUCCUGAAGGUGAACGAGCUUGUGUGCGCCAUCUACGACCCUUACAAGCCUUACCAGUUACAGUACGGGGAACUGGAGCAAAAUCACCUCCUCAUCCAGAUCAGUGCUGUUCCUCUGGAACACGGGGAGCUCGCGGAUUGCGUGGAGGAGCUCAAGCACUCGGUUGGGAAGCUGGUGGCCCUGGCGGGCGGCGCCGUGGACCGCUGCGUCAAACUGACGGACGGGCUGGGCGUGUGCGGCCUCCUGCGGGCCCUCAAAGCGCUCUUCACCAAGUACGUGUCCGACUUCUCCACGACACUGCAGUCCAUCAGGACCAAGUGCAAACUGGAGGAGACGCCGCCGAGUUCUUCUGUUUUCCAGGAGGACUGGACUGCCUUCCAGAACUCUGUCAGAAUUAUUGCCACUUGCGGGGAGUUGCUGAGACAAUGCGGCGCCUUUGAGCAGCAGUUGGCAAACAAGAUCAUGGGCACGGCGGGCAAGUACCUGCCGGACUCGUACAGCCCCCGCAGCCUGACGGGCAUCCAGGAGGCGGCCGGCGCCACAGAGAGGAAAGGCGCCAGCAAAAACCCCUGGCAGGAGUACAACUAUCUGCAGAAGGCCAGCAUGGCCGAGUACAGCGGUCUCCUGGAAGUGCUCUACUCGCUAAAGGAGAAGGGCGCCGGCAACUCCAAUCUCCUCGCCGAGCCCAGAGCGGCGCUGACCCGACUCAACCAGCAGGCCCACCAGCUGGCCUUUGACUCGGUCUUUUUACAGAUCAAGCACCAGCUGUCCGCCAUCGCCAAGAUGGAGAAUGACGACUCGCCGGGUUUCGGAGAGAGCUACGCUGAAGACUUGCCCACGUUCAGCCUGUCACCACAAGAGUACAUUACAAAUAUCGGUCAGUACCUGAUGUCUCUGCCGCUCCACUUGGAACCGUUUGUGACGCAGGAGGAUCCGGCGCUGGAGCUGGCCUUGCGUGCUGGGAAGUUACCGUUUCCACCAGAGCAAGGCGACGACCUUCCCGAGUUGGACAACACGGCCGACUACUGGCUGGGCUCCAUCGCUCGGGCAACCAUGCGCACGUACUGCGACGCCAUCCUGCUCAUCCCCCGUCUGGGCGCCCGUUGCACCAAGCAGCUGGCCACGGACAUCGAUUACUUGAGCAACGUGAUGGACGCUCUGGGCCUGCAGCCGUCUCGCAGCCUCCAGCAGAUCGUCGCCCUGUUGAGGGCCAAGCCGGAAGACUAUAGACAAGCCGCCAAACAGUUGCCUCGGCGACUGGUGGCGACCAUCGCCGCCAUGCGCUCCAUUGACAACUAAAACACCAAAAACAAAAUUGAGUGUAGACUUUUUUUCUUCCCCUCCUCCGUUUGCAUUUUCUACCCGCUGCGUCCGCUGAGGUGAGGAUCGGGAUGCCACUGCGGGGUUGUACUUGAACAGUGGCCUGGGGCACGUAAUGUUAAAUAUUUUUAUACCACCCCCCCGCCCCACCAAAAGUGACUUCAGAAAAAAUCAUUUCUUCACGGUUUGAACAAGACGGUGAAAGAUGCAAAAUAUAAAAUCAUAAUUGAAACGUAUGAAUAUGCAGGGCCACAAAGACUUCAUGUGGGAUCCUGCGGCGUCUUUUAUCAUUUGCUGUUUUUCCCCUUAACAGGAAGGCAGAUUGUCAUGACGAGGUGUUUUUUUUUCUUCAUCACAUGUGCGAGAGCAGGGUACGUUGAACAGCAUUUCAAAUCGAUUUGCUCUUUGACGUACUUACGCCAAUUCUGUGCUGCAAAGUCUAAGGUGACCAACUCUAUGCACAAGCUUCAUAUUAUGAUCAAUCGUUUUCUUUUUUUGUUUGGUGCGGUAUUCAAGUGGAAUUUUCCAGCAUACUGUAUAUGAAAGUAUGUAAAUGUAUAAAAUGCUUGGAUGGCAUCAUUUUUGUCUUGGUGAGAGAUUUGUAUUUUGAUUAAAUCGAGCUACAUUUAUUAA